CGGGACUGUAAAGGUUGCGUUACAUUAGCUCCUUGUACUGGAAUAAAAACCACCAUAAUGUCACUAAAUAGGUUUUCUUCUUCUUUUUCAGAAAGAAAGGCUGACGUGGCCUUACUGGAGCAGGAGGAAGAUCGUUUGUCCAGACUUGUUACAAACGAUGAUAAUUAGCUUUGUACCCGGCUAAUUCAAGCCUCGUUUGGUUUAAAUAAGCAUCUCUACCUCGCCCCCUUCCUCUUUUCCCUUCGUUGGUUGUGGCCGUUGCCCUUGUGUGUUACAUCCUAAUGGUAAGUUCGGUGUGACACUAAUUCACGUAAUUCAGGAGUAUCGCGAAAUCGCCAAAUAUAUUUUGACAGGUUCACCAGACUGGUUCCAGUCAAACGUGGUGGCUGUCACGAAAUGGCAAACUCAUAACGAUGGAGGAUGUGCUUUUGUUGCGUUUACUUCCCGUUCUUAUAUACACAUCUUCAUCGUUAAACAAGAAACGAACGUGGAGUGUCAACCGAACUAUUCAUGGAGUUGCGUGGGUCAGAUAGUACCCCAUCAAGGCAAGAUAUCGGCAGUAGCCUUUGAUGAGUGUGCUUGUUUACGUGUAGUUUCGUGUGGUCUUGAUGGUUUGGUUCGACGCUGGACGUAUUUCAGUCAAGAAUGGGUGCUAGAGACCGAGUUUAAUAUGCAUAAUGUGCAGGGAAAUAUCAGCCCAACGGCUGUCAGCUGUUUCUCCAACUCUGCAAAUGAGUCGUACAACUUUGUGGGCACAGAUAAAGGGUUGCUUUUAGUAUGGGUUGCUGACUGUAAUACAAACAAAUCUUACCAUGUAUCUAAAAAAUUUGAAGACGAUCCUGUUGUGAUGUGUGCAUGGGAGAAAUCUACAGUAGUUCCUUCCAUUUCGCGAGUUGCCGUCGGUUACAAGAGGGGAAUAGUGUGUGUUUAUUCAUUUGGACCGUCGGAUAUUUUUUCGACUCCAAGCAUCGUACAGUUGACCCGCAUUUAUGCUCAUGAGGCGGAUAUCUGUCAUAUUGUAUGGUGCCAAGGCGCUUCUGCGUCAUCGUCAAAUCCUGAGCUUCUUACAUGUGGACGUGAUCAGAUGGUUAAGGUAUGGAAUGUCACCACUUCGGAAUGCACUUCAUCUUACCAAGUUCCCGGUCAUUUACGUGAACAAUUUGGAAAUGCUAGACGACAACACCAGAAAAGUGAACAAAAUGGAGCUCCAUGGAUAUCUGCUUGCUACACACCAGGAAGUGAUUCGUCAGUGAAUGUUUUAUUUUCAAGUGUAAGAGGUGGAUUAUUUCACUGGGAUUGCAAAGGAACGCCUAAUUCUAUGUUGCUUGACGGUCAGGGACAUUCUAUGUUAAUUUUCUCAAUGCACUACCUUCUUAAUUCACCAGGACUGGUAAUCACUUUCAGUCAAGAUAGAUUUUUGAUUAUUUGGCAGUUGGUGGAAGGAUCUAACCUGUCAGUGAUCCUUAAAGUACCUACGAUGUCUGCAGGUGUUUGCUCUUUAGCUCAGUCUGAAUUUAGCAAUGGUCCCUUAGUUGCAGGUCUUUCAGACGGUUCUAUCUUAUUUUGGAAGUUUCCUGCACCAGAAUUGUUUGGCGAAAGAAAUUCUUCUGAUAAUCAAAACAAAGAGAGGUUCGUUUCAAUAUCACCUCUAGGAUGCAAAUCAUCUUCUAUUACCACACUGUCUUGUCAUCCUUUACGGCAGUUUGAGAAUGUUAUUGCUUAUGGCACCGAGUCAGGUUGUGUGGAGAUUGUAGAUAUUAAUAAGCUACGAAAAAUGAAAUCGCAAAAGCCUAAACCGCAGCUGUAUGCAUUUGGUUCAACUGUAUAUCGAGUUGCCUGGGGGCCUCUACUAUUUUCUGAUAUAUGUCGUAGAAAGGCAAAUAAAAGUGAACAGAAUACUAGCGAAAAUCAUUCGAGAUCUGAUAAUCCUAGCGCUUCAACAACGCAUAUAAUUGCGCAAGAAGAUGAGAAUUCCACCGAGGAUAACGAAGCCUUAUCUAAGUUUUCUUUCUACGUUUACAGCAUAAGUAAGGGGAAAGUUUACUGUCAUUUUGGAUGCAGUCGUCCACCAAUUGAUGUUAGCACAAAAUUCCCCCCUUUUCCGGAUACUACAGAUGAAGACUGGAAAGCAUUGAUCCGUAGUGAGAUAUCAUUCCGUCUUGUCAGUAAAUCUGAACUACCGGGGGUCGAUCUAAUUGCUGAUACUUUUUACUGUCUAGUAGCUGUUGGUUAUCGUUCAGGUGAAGUUGACAUUUACGGUUUCUUACGUUCAAAAUCAUUAAAUUGUGAGGAGGUGGUGGGGCAGGAGUCUAGACGACUUGUCUUUAUUUGUCGUACUGUGAAUCAUUCCAAGUGUGUUAACUGUUUAACUUGGUCACGAGAUCAUUACUGGUUGGCUGUAGGUUCCAAUGAAACCUUUAUCACUGUCACAGAUCUCAAAAUUCAAUUAAUUAACUACCUUAAUCAAGGCGAAUGCUCUAAGCCUAUUCAACUGUCUACUAGUUUAGCUCGUUUAGAAGGACAUUACAACAGAAUCACAUGUCUAGAUUGGUCUCCACACGAUCCAUUCCUCUUAUUAUCCGCUUCCUUUGACGGUACAGCCAAUGUUUGGAGAAUUCAUCCUGAAAAUAUUGAAAAAGAUAAUUUUUCAAUCUCUAAUUUCCGUGCACUUCGUUUACGUCAUUUCGCUUGUCUAUGGAGUCGUCAAGAGCCUGAUCUUGCAUUCAGUGGUGGUGAAUCAUGUCAUUUGUUCGGUUGGCAACCGUCUGAACAACUCUUCAGUCAACCGCCACACACUCGCCGAUAUCGUCCACCCACUGUUAAAAAACUUGUAAAUGAUCAAGAAGCACCGUCCAACGGAGACAUUUUGUGUUAUGAGCCUGUUCCAACAGAAACAGAAUCUCUUCCUGAUUCUAAACCAUUAAAUGACAAAGAGUCAGAACAAAAGAAAGUAAUAAAAUCGAAUGACAUACUACCUAAUGGCACUUCUCACCAAGAAAUGUCUAUUCCACUACAGUGUAAUUCGUCUCAGAAAGUAAAUUCUUCUGGCAUUGGUGAUAAAAUGAAAAGACCUGCUCUUUUUCCUAAUUUAUUCAAUUUUAUGAAUACUAAUUGUGAAUUAGACUUAGAUAACUCUCCACCCAUUCAAUUAGGAUCUUUUCUUUCACAAAUUUUAAAUGCUUCAAAUUUUGUAACUGAACAAGUGAAUGACAAACAAGUACAAAUUGAUUUGUUACUUCUACUCCCACAAGCUGGUAUGACUCGAGCAUGUCUUUUAAAAUAUUUGAAUAUGGAGGCGUCUGCUCAUUUGAAGUCAUUUCAUUGUCAACAAAAACCCAACAGUCUUGUACAUUUGGAUGCAUAUUGUAUUAUAUUAUUAUGGAUGGGUCAUGCGCUUACGGUGCCAUCUAUUAUGUCUUCAGAAAAUUACAUGCCUUUUUGGUUAUUGUAUGCAGUUGAGCUUACUCGAUGUACCUUGGCAUAUCCAGAUUCUUGUGGUAAGCUGUCGUCUUCGUCAGAAAAAUCUUCUGGAAGUGUGGAAUUGGAUUUACUAGGUGAAAAGGUGAGUGAUUUACAUAUUUAAACGAGAAAUACAAUCAGAACAUUCAUAGAGGAGUAUAUAUUUGUACUUUUCAGAUUUUCAUCGUUUAACUUUUUUGAAAUGUGUAAAUUUCAGCAAGACACUAAGCAAUUACAGGGGACAUUAUCUCUCUAGUUACAAGCAAAGCAAAUGACGAAGUUCCAUAGGGAAACUUCAGUGGGACCAAACUGAUCCUCAAACGAAAUCAAGUGACUGAAACUCAGCACGGAUACAGAAGGCUAGUUUCGCGUAUACCAGUUUACGCCGUCUCUGGCGUAGACGUUCUAUCCGGCUACCGACCAAAGGAUGUUCUUUCCGUCCUCCUUUAUGGCUAUGAGACCUGGCCAUUGGGGGUGGAAGGGAUGAAAAGGCUGGCUAGCGGUCUUUGAUCAUAGGUGCCUGAGUUCUAUCUCCCGUGUGAGGUGGUAUAAUAGGGUGAGCAAUAUUGAGGUUAGUCAUCGGUCGAGUGCUAGGUAAGGAGGGAAAAUCAAUAGACGAGACUGAAGUUACAUCGACUGAGAUGUUUAGGACUUGUGUUACCCAUGCCUCCCUAGCCAUCGCCUUCCUUGACGGUCAAUGUUAGCUGACAUAGGAUUGUUCAGGUUGGAAAAGAGUCAGUGGUAGUCAAACGGAAACAUGACAUCAGUUAAUGAAAUCCGCGACAAUUAUUUUGAGCCACGUAUGAAAGUGUAGUUUUCCUGGUUGGGGUCUUGUGGACGGUAAAAACCAAUGACUGGAGACAAUCGGUGAUAUGGCUCAAAAUCCUUGUUCUCAAUGGCUGGCGCAGAUGCAUCCACUCUUUGUGACUUAUAAUACCCAAUGAAACUAUAUUGUUCUUCGAUAUUGCUAUUCUUUUUGCCUCAUCUCUGUUUACUGUCUCUAUUUUGCGUUUCUUUUUACUUUCUUCUCUUGCUUUGUGUGCUAAGUGAAGUGUGGCGACUCGAAAUGCUACACAUAGGUGCAAAGUUCUUUGUUGAAACCAGCCAGUCAGUCUCUCUAGCCCGUAAAGACGAUGUUGGAUAUUGGAUCCGUAGGCCGCCUAACGGCUUCAAUUAGUUAAUUCAGUUCGAUAUUUCUCAAGUUGUAUUCGUCAGUGUAUUUUUAAGCUAAGGAUGUUUCAUUACUUUGUAUGGUAUAAGAUAAAGAGAGGCGACUAGUGAAUGUGGCUCUGGUGCUGUUUGUUAUGAGAUGAGUAGUGUUAUGUGUUACGCAUACUGACCUACCGAUUGUUUGAACUGUGGAUAUGCGAGGACUUGUAGGCUUAGGGAUAACAUUGAGUGUUGAGGCAGAAAAAUCGCUUAUUGACUGGAUCCCAGUAGAUAGUCAUAUGUGUGCGGUCUGUUUGACGUAGAAAGGACUACGCUACCCAUCGGUGUCAUUUCAUAGCAUAGCCAGCCUCUGCUUACCACCCGACAGACUGCAUUUUGAAUGAAUUAAAGAAUGACUCCUACCAAAAACUGUCUAGUUUGCUGCAAAGUGUAAAACAUGCAGGAGUAGUCAUUUUAGCUGGCGACUUGGUUACCCAAGUAGGGAGGUUGUGCCAGACUGAAAAGUAUAUUUGUGAUACGGAGUUGCCUGCCGGCGAACCUAGGACGGUGGUCAUCUUCUACAGUUGUCUUCAGAUAAUUAUCUGUUCCUAGUUGGGAUUAACUUCAGGCACAAAGAGAUAUACUGCCUAUUCUGGUGACCUACAUCACCGAAUUAACGUCGGACUCAAACGGGCUAUCUUUGGUGGGGGCCAGUAGAAGACUGCCACUCCUUCUUAAACACGUGUGUAGACUCCGAUCACGUCCUGGAAUGCGCGCUUUCAUGUUUACGAUUGAUUGUUUCGACUAGAUAUAUUUGCUUGAAAUAGCAUUGAAUUGUGGAGAGUAUUACUUGGAGUGAUCAAACAUAACAUGGCAGGAAUCCAUGGAGUCACUGACUGUUUGGUUGAGCUAUGUAGCUCGGUGUAGGUUACACAAUUAUAGUCCUCGAAGUACAGAAGUCACUGGUAUGUGAAAUUUGGGAACAUCGUGGAAGGUCAUUCGCAGUGUGAUGUAUUUACCUUUUGUCAUCUUUCACAUUUUCGUCUAAUUAUAAUCGUUCUUCAAGUAUUGGUAUUGUAAUUACAUUUCUAUCUACUUGUUUUGCAUUUUUGGAAGUUUUAUUUACAUCAUGAAGAGAUGAACUUCUCUAUGGCGAUUAACAUUGAUUGUCCAAUAGGUCGGUCAAUGAAAGAAACCAACUUAAAGUAGUAGUGACUGGCUGACUUGUUUCAACGUAGAACUUUGCAUAGAUGUGCGGCAGUUCCAGUUGCCACACUCCCCCAUAUAGUACACAAAUCAAGAAAAGAGAGUAAAGAGAGGUUCAAAAAGGAGAUAAUAAACAAGUGUGAGUGAGGGAAAAACAGUAGUAGUAAAAUGGAAGAACAAUAGAGUUUUAUUGGAUAUGACAAAUCACAAAGAGUGAGUGAAUGCAUCUGCUGCACCAUCACUGAGAAUGAUUUUGAACCAUAUCACCAAUUAUCUCCAGCGGUCAUUUGUUCUUACCAUCCAGAAGACCCCAACCAGACAGCCAGCCACCCAAUCUACAACCCCCUACGUGACCGACCGGUUGGCCUAAACCAACUGUUGUGGAUUUCGUUGUCUGGUGACGUUGUGUUUUCGUUUCACCACCACAUGCUUUUCUCAGAACUCACCGAUCCUAUGUCAGCUAGCUAAGAUUUCCCGUCGAGUAAGGCGGUCGAUGGCUAGGCUAGGAUGCGCG